UGACGAUUGCGUUUCCCCGCCCUUUCUCCCGCCGCCACCGGGUUCUAGGAAGAUGGCGAAGGUCACAGAGCGUUACGACGUGACUUGGGAAGAAAUGCGAGAUAAAAUGAGAAAAUGGAGAGAAGAAAACUCAAGAAAUAGUGAACAAAUCAUGGAAGUUGGAGAAGAAUUAAUUAAUGAUUAUGCUUCUAAGCUUGGGGAUGACAUUUGGAUCAUAUAUGAGCAGGUGAUGAUUGCAGCCCUAGACUAUGGUCGGGAUGACUUGGCAUUGUUUUGUCUUCAGGAGUUAAGAAGACAGUUCCCUGGUAGUCACAGAGUAAAGCGGUUAACGGGCAUGCGAUUUGAAGCUAUGGAAAGAUAUGAUGAUGCUAUACAACUAUAUGAUCGAAUUUUGCAAGAAGAUCCUACUAACACUGCUGCAAGAAAGCGUAAGAUUGCCAUUCGCAAAGCCCAGGGGAAGAAUGUGGAGGCCAUUCGAGAGCUGAAUGAGUAUCUGGAACAAUUUGUAGGAGACCAAGAAGCCUGGCAUGAACUCGCAGAACUCUAUAUCAAUGAACAUGAUUAUGCCAAGGCAGCCUUCUGCUUAGAGGAGCUAAUGAUGAGCAACCCACACAACCACCUGUACUGUCAGCAGUACGCGGAAGUCAAAUACACCCAAGGUGGACUUGAAAACCUUGAGCUUUCAAGAAAGUAUUUUGCACAGGCCCUGAAACUCAACAACCGAAACAUGAGAGCUCUGUUUGGGCUUUACAUGUCUGCAAGUCAUAUUGCUUCUAAUCCAAAAGCAAGUGCAAAAAUGAAAAAGGACAACAUCAAAUAUGCCAGUUGGGCUGCUAAUCAAAUAAACAGGGCUUAUCAGUUUGCAGGUCGAAGUAAGAAGGAAACCAAAUACUCUCUUAAGGCAGUUGAAGACAUGUUGGAAACAUUGCAGAUCACUCAGUCUUAAGGUUGCAGAGACUCUUUGACAUUAGAUUUCAAAACUGUACAGCUGAACGUCUUGGCCUGUGACUUAUUUACUAAAUGCCAAGUGCUGUUUGCAUUCAUUUUCUUUGAAGAGGUCAGUUUUAAAAAAUGUGUUUAAAUAAACCUCAACUUGCCUUGUAUUGAUAAGCAGGGAGUUGGAGGGAGUCCAUGGAAGAGAGAUUCAAGACCUAUUGAUUGUAUAUCUGUCUUCUUGUUGCCCCCAUUUACCUUAAAAAUAAACCAUGAUUUAUUAAACUCAUGCAUGAAAAUCCAGGUUUCUUUUGUUAUAUUGUAAUUAAUAUGCUAUUAUAGAGCUCGUUUGUCAGCUAAGUUCUUCUCAUUGGUGUUGAUAAAUUUACAAAAUUUAUAGCUUGCAGAAACAAGUUACUUUGAAUGUUUUAUAGUGACAGACUGGAUUUUGUGGCCUGUGUGAAUGUUUAUUAUUUUAAUUUGUUCUAAUAAUAAGUCUUGCUUAAAUUAUGCCAUUCUCUAAAGUUGGUAAUAUCUCUGAUAUUUUUUUGACAUAUACAUUUUGUCCAUAAAAUGUUUUGAAGGUAAAAUGGGCCUUUUUACACAUUGUGUUUAUUAAAACUUUUAGUUGUGAAAUAUAGAAAAUAUGUUUAGGAUCAUAGAAAUAUCAGUGAAAGAUACUGUUAUCACUGGGACUACUUAGUCUUGGGGGUGAAGGGAAAAAUCUAAACUGUCUUUAGGAAUAAAAUUAUUACAGUUCUCAUAUACAGUCA